CUGUGGAAGUUACUAAAUGAAGAGAUAACCGCUGAUUGAAAUGGCGUCAGUCACGGUGCGCCGCUGGGCUCUCUGUACCGCGGCUCUGCUUAACUUUGCGUUUGUCUUCAUAUCUGGUGCAGACUUCAUUCGCUUUAUAUCAUUUAGAGCCAUUUACCACAACAUCACCGGGGAGACGACGCUGUGUCAAGACUCUAUACCGUGGUCAGUGGCCCUGCAGGACAGCUCUGUCCUCAGGUCUCUUGUGGUGGAUCUGGGGCUGCUGGCUCUCUUCACCACGCAGCACAGCCUGCUCGCCUGGUCACCUGUUAAACAGGCCCUUGGGUCAGUGCUGGGGGCCCUAAACAGGACGGCAUACUGCUUCGCUACUGCACUGGCACUCCAGAUCUUGAUGCAUUACUGGCAGCCUGUGACUGGCGCCCCCUGUCUGUGGUCAGUGCGUCAUGCACCCUGGAGUGUCUGGUUCCCUCUGCUCUGCUUCUCUCUGCACUUCUUCUGCUGGGCUGUCAUCUGCAGCAUCCUCAUGAUCUUUGAUUACCCAGAGCUGCUGGGCAUCAAGCAGGUGUAUUACGAGUGUCUCGGUUUAGGGGACCCCCUGUCUCACAAGUCACCUCGUGCCCAGCGCUUCCUGUCUCACCUCCGCCACCCGGUGUGCCUGGAGCUGGGAGUCGUGCUGUGGCUCCUGCCGGCCUUGUCCCUGGACAGGCUCCUGCUGGCGGGGACUCUGUCGACCUACCUGGCCCUGGCACACUCCCUGGACAAACAGGAUUUAGCCUACCUCUGUGUCCAGCUUAAAAGCAAGAUGCAGCUCUUGACCGAGCCACACCGGGGCAGCGCCGACACCAACGACCGAGACAACAGCAACCACAAGGAGAAGUGAAGUUACAGUCUUCUUAUUGCUGUGAUGUGACACUGCUGUCUUAAUAUAAACCACAAAUAUUGUUCUAAAAGUGACCGCUUAUCUACUGUGCUAAAUAAGAACAAACCUGCUCUGGCUAUUGACUGAAAAAUAGCAAAUGACCACACUCAAACUGAAUUCUACGGAAGCCGAGAACAGCCAUGGAUUUUUUUUUUAUGCACUAAAUUAUAUCGUGAUAACGACUUAUUAUCUCGUUAUCUCGAUAUAACAAAGAUCGUUUUCUUCGU